UCUAAAAAAAGUCAAAAUUGUGGAGACAUCAAAAUGGUAAUACUAGUGAGCUGUUGCUAUUAUUUUAGCCUGCGCGUUGGAUCCAUUAUAGCUGGUGUAUGGCUGAUGUUUUACUACUCAUUGUUCACAUACUUCAUGUACUACCAAUUGAAACGUUCUACGAAAGCGAUACUUAACGAAGAAACUCACAAAUUCGAAAAGGAAACAACUUCAUUUUGGGUGAUGAUCAUUUCAUUUUUUGGAAUGGCCGUGUUAAGUUUAGUUUUGGUAAUCGGAGCCUAUUGGAGGAAAAAAUGGAUUGUUUUCCUGUUUUUGCUGGGACAGAUUGUUCCGAUAUCUGGGGAAUUAUACUAUUUGCUGGUGGCUUUACUCUUAGGCAUUAAUUUUGAAAGCUGUGUACUGUAUUUUCUUCCAUUUUUGCUUCUGCUCUACAUCGAUCUGUUAGUUGUCUCCUAUUGGCUAGAGUUGAGAAGUUCAAAGAAGCGAAUAUCUGUUUCAGUAAUAAAUGUAGAAUAUUGACAUUAUUUUGCGAAAUAAUCAUAAAUAAAUUAAUUUCGUGCAAGAAG